CAACGACGGAAGCUGCCUGAUCGCUUGGUGGGGGAAAUCAACAUUUGCCAACCCAUCUUCAACGGCCGUUAAGGCGAGAAAUAUUUCUGACCAAAUAACUGCCGGGAACCUUCACAAAGGUCCGCUCCUCUACCCCCGAACCUUCUAAGCCUUUUCUAAAUCCCCAACUUUGAGACUCGACAGCUUGGCAUCGCGGUGUUCCCCGUUGGUUCACGGAAUAUCCAUCGUGGUGAGACUGCGUCUCUAGACACUAGACUGUCGCCCAGCUGAGAGAUCCUCGCCGACACCCCGCAUCGGUCACGAUGGCGUCCACCAUCCCGUCGAACCCGACCCCGCAAACGGUCAGCCAGCUGCUCUCCAAGAUCACUGAUGCCGACCCCGACUUCCGGUUUAUGGCCCUCAACGACCUGCUCACGGUAUUCAAUAUUGCGAAACAAGACUUUUUGAACCAUGACUACAACACAGCAGCGAGGACGGUCGACCAUGUUGUCCGCGCCUUGGACGACCAGAAUGGCGAGGUUCAGAAUCAGGCGAUAAAAUGCUUAGGCCCGUUGGUUAAGAAGGUCACUCCGCAACUGGUCGCGCCAAUGAUGGAGAAGCUCUGCAGUUUGAAGCUGAAGAACUCCGUCGACAACUCGAUCCCAUCCAUGGCGAUUCGAGCCGUCGUGGAAGCCCUCCCUCGCCCGGUAUCCGGCGUAGCCCCAUCAAAAGAGGUCAAUGAGGCAUAUACCAGCCUUAGCAGGGUGCUUAUACCGCGUUUUCUCGGCCGCGCGAGCUCUACUGGCAAGGCCGCCCCCGGCUUGCUCGAUCCCGAGGAUCCGAAUUCCGAUUCCGUCGAUGUUCUUAUUGAGAUGGUCCGGUGCUUCGGUCCCAUGCUUCAGUCAUUCGAGAUUGAAGCUCUCCACAAUGCCGUUGUCACAAUCCUAGAGAAAGAUAAGGGUACCUCGGUUGUCAAGAAGAGGGCAGUUGUUGCCAUCUCGAUGCUCGCCCACUAUCUUCCCGACGACCUCUUGGCUACCUUCAUCCAACGUAUCACCGGGGUCCUGGGCCAGCCCCAACUGAGCGAUUCUACCCGCCGGCUUUACAUCACUGUCACCGGCUCCAUGGCUCGGUCCAUUCCUUACCGAUUUGGUCUCCAUCUUUCCGAUUUGGUACCUCCCGUUCUUCGCGUGCUAAGCGAGGAGGAACUUCAGGCACAGCUCGACGAGAUUAGUGAGGGCGAGGAGGCGACCCUCGAGUUCAACGAGGUGCGAGAGGCCGCCCUCGUCGCCUUGGAGGCUUUCUUAUCCUCGUGCCCGACUCAAAUGCGUAUGUUUACGAACGAAGCUAUCGACGCCUGUCUCCGAUAUCUGAAAUUUGACCCCAACUAUGCGGUUGACGAGGACGAAGAAAUGGAAGACGACGAGGAGGAGGAAGAAGACGAGUUCGAGGAGGAUGAUGAGUUCGAGGCCGCAGGAGGCUUCGAUGACGACGACGACUCCAGCUGGAAGGUCCGGCGAUGCGCAGCAAAGGGAUUACACACAAUCAUUUCUACCAGGAGCAGCGGAGACCUUCUUGAUAGUGGCGUGCUCUACGGCACAGUUGCCCCAGCCCUCGUCAGGAGGUUCGGCGAGCGCGAGGAGAACGUGCGCCUCGAAGUUUUGUCGGGUAUGUCGCUGCUUGUCCGAAAGACGGGAGAGGGCGUGCUCCCUUCAUUUUCCGUCGACGGUGCUCAGAGCGAAUACUUAAACCAGCCACCCGCCAGCCGAAAGCGGAGGCGCCAGAGCAGUGCGGGCGGUCCCUCCUCGUUUGCUCUCUCUCUGGCUCCAGCAGACCUCUCGGGUACUGGCCUUACUUCUCCUACCAUGGAAAAUGUCCCGGCAACAGGCCCGCGUGCCGACUUGGCCAGCCUCACACCAUCCAUUGUUAAAUCGUUGACGAAGCUGCUUAAGGGGAAGCUUAUCCCGACAAAGCAAGCCUGCAUCAAGCUACUCGACGACAUGGUAUGCGUGCAAAAGGGUGGCCUUGAAUCAUACUUCGGCGAGGUCAUCGGCCCUGUCAUUGAAGCGAUCAAACCGUCGAGCGCUGCGUCAACGACUGCGUCUAUGUCGUCCGCUGGUGGCGGCGCAUCAGCAACUGCAACUACGUUGAGAAUUGCGGCACUUCGCUUGACGAGUGAUAUCUCCAAGAAUCACUCUUCAGCUGUGUUGCAACCCCACCUUUCCAAGAUUGUUGCUGGCGUGGUCGCUGUUGCUCAUGAUCGCUUCUACAAGAUAUCUGGCGAGGCUAUUCAGACCGCCGAGGAGAUGAUCAAGGCAAUCACCCCUCCUCGCUCUCGCAUGACUGCUCAAAAGUUUCAAGGCGAACUCCAGAAACUCUACGAUGUCGUCAUCGGCCGCGCAACGGCCACUGAUGCUGAUGCAGAGGUCCGACAGAAGGCGAUCCAUGCUCUCGGUACACUCUUGGCUCGGACAACGGGAGCGGAGGGAUCAUCGCUUCUCCCAGACGACAAGCGCAAGGCAGCUCUCGCCUGCCUCCUGGAGAGACUCAAGAACGAAACAACUAGGCUGGCUGCUGUGCGCGCCAUCGAUACUGCUGCUGCAAUGUCGGCGGAUGCCGUCCAGUUUGAACCGCAGUGGACCCGCCAGGUCAUCGUCGAGCUGACAUCUCAGUUGCGGAAGUCGAAUCGCGCGUUGAGAGGGUCAAGCGUCAUGGCGCUGAAGCACCUCGUCUUGUCACCCGCCACUAAAGGCACGCUGGAUGAGGAAACUGUGCGGAACGUCGUGGAUGCGUUGAUCCCCGUUAUCAACGUCAACGAUGCGCAGCUGCUCGGCCCUGGCCUUCUUGCACUUGCCCGCCUUACGCAGGAGAUGUCGGGUAUCGUCAUAAACCCACAACUCAUCGGCGCCCUAUGCAUGUUGCUCCAGACAAAUGUUGUCGGUACGGUUCUCGAUUCUUUGUUGGUUCUGGUCACCCAGGCUGGGCAGAUGGGGCAGGGCAAGCCCUUGAUGGCGGCGUUUCUGAAGGAUGUUGGCGUUGGGGGUGAUCCCUCCGUCGUUGGCAAGGUGAUUGGAACGCUCCUUGUUGCCAGCGGUGAUUCAGCCGGAGUCACUCUGGACAGCUUCGUUCGGGAGAUAGGCAACGGAGGAGACCAGGCAAGGAGCAGCCUCGCACUGGCUGUCAUUGGCGAGGCUGGACUGCGCCUCGGCAGCAGGUUCCCAAUCCCGCCGACAUUAUUCUUGGAGCAAUUUACCAAUGAGUACGACAAGGUGUCGCUCGCGGCAGCUGUUGCCCUUGGUAGAGCUGGAGCUGGUAACGUCUCGGUUUACCUGCCCGUUAUCCUGCAAUCGAUGAAACAGAGGGGCGGUACGCAAUACCUGCUCUUGCAGUCGAUCAAGGAGAUCCUCCAGCAGGUUGCCCUCUCUUCCACUGAGAUUGGCCAAUAUUCCACCUCGAUCUGGGAGCAAAUACUUGCUGCUAGCGAUACUGAGGACAACAAGGCAGUGUGCGCUGAAUGCGUCGGACGCAUGGCCAUCAUUGACCCGAAGACGUAUAUGCCUAAGCUAGAGUCCUUGUUCAAACAUGAAUCAGUGGUCCUGAGGGCCAUCGCUGUCCAGGCUCUCCGAUACACUCUCCCAGACGACAACGAAUCGUUUGAUGCGUUCCUCAAAAACUCCCUUGUCGAUAUGCUUAAGACUUCUCUUGGCGACACCGAGAUGGAGAUUCGUCGCCAUGCCAUGUCCACGCUGACCUCAGCGGCACACAACAAGCCUGAGUUGAUCCUGACGCACCUCAACCAGCUGAUGCCGUUCGUUAUGAACGAAACGGUGAUCAAGCCGGAGCUCAUCCGUGAGGUGCAAAUGGGUCCCUUCAAGCACAUCAUCGACGACGGCUUGGAAGUGCGAAAGGCGGCGUACGAAACUCUCUACGCUCUCGUCGAGACUGCCUUCUCUCGCGUCAGCAUCAUUGAACUCUAUGACCGGAUUGUCGCCGGUCUUACCGACGACAACGACAUCCGCGCACUCUGUAACCUCAUGGUGUCGAAGCUCGUCCAUCUUGACGCCGACGAGACGGUCCGCCGGCUCGACUCGAUCGCUGUCGGCUUCCGGAAGACGCUGUCUCACAAGCUCAAGGACAACGCGGUCAAGCAGGAGAUCGAGAGGCAAGACGAGGCCAAUAAGGCGGUCCUGCGUCUUACGCUCCUUCUGGGAGACAAGCUCAACAAGACUGCGCUCAACACGAGCGGUGCCCAAGCUGCGAGCGGUGCGACCGGGUCAAAUCAGGUCUGGACCAGCUAUUGGGAGUGGGUCAACAGGGACUUUGCGGGCCAGCUCAAGGUCAUCCGGGACGAGAGUCGGGCUGCCAAUCCCGCCGAUGACUGAGGGAUACUUCAGGCGGGCUGGCGCUGCCACAAUGGUUCCGAGUUCGGAUUCGGAACACAUUCCCAAGCAUGUGGUAUUGAGAGGAUGAAUGGGGCUAUUAGUUGGCUUACUCGAGAUUCGCCACGGUUCACGCUAUAUGAUGAGAAACUGUGAGGGUUGCGGUUAGUUCAGCAGUCACGAAAUAGGCGUUUUGGUUGGAUGCGACGAACGAAGGCCUUCAUCGAUGAAGUUAUGAAUUGAUAGCGUAUCUGUAAGCUCGGCGUCUUCAUGAACA